AGAAGGCUUCAGCAGCAGCAGCAGGAGGACGACUGCGUGUUUCUGUCGCUUCCUGCUUCCUCAACAAGAGUGUCUGAGAAAUCUGCGAGACGCAGCGCCAAGCGCCGCAGAACACGGAGACCCGCUGAAGCCAAGGGGAGCCCGCUUGUGUGGUUUCCAGUGCUGUUUUAGGAUUGAGCGGACCUGCCGGUUUCUCCUGCGUCCUGAUCCUCCGCAUCCGCCCGAGCAUGGGCGGCGAGUCGGUCUGCAGAUAAACACACUCUAACUCUGACUGGUGACCAGUCAUGGGACCCCAGCGGACUUGGUUCCCCUGGGUGCACUGCCAGGAGAGUGAAUCCUCUAGUCCAGACGAGGAGCGGGAGCAGCGCUGGGCUGAACUCUUUGAACAGCUGGACAUCAACAAAGAUGGACACAUUGACAUCCUUGAACUGCGGAGAGGGCUGGCAGACCAGGGGCUUUCCAAAGGCUCAGUAGAGAAGAUCGUGGAGGCCGGAGACACCAACCGUGAUGGAGUCCUGGACUUAGAAGAGUUCACUCAGUAUCUUCGUAGCCAUGAAAAGCAGCUUAAAGACAUGUUUCGCAGCCUGGACAAUAACAACGAUGGUCGCAUAGAUGCAACAGAGAUCCAGGUCUGUCUUCGCAACAUUGGUGUGAAUAUUAGCUUGGAGGAUGCCAACAGGAUUUUGUUAAGUAUAGAUAAGGAUGGUACAAUGACCAUUAACUGGAAUGAGUGGCGGGACCACUUCCUGUUUAACCCUAUCACUAACAUGGAGGAAGUGGCGUGCCAUUGGAAACGCUCAUUGAUGGUGGACAUCGGUGAGCAGCUGACAGUCCCAGAUGAAUUUUCAGAGGAGGAAAAGAAGUCUGGGUUUGUCUGGCGGCAGCUGAUGGCUGGAGCCAUAGCCGGAUCUGUAUCCCGGACUGGAACGGCCCCUUUAGACAGGCUCAAAGUCUUUCGACAGGUACACGGCUCCUCUGAUUUUAAAGGGAAUGUGCUAAGCAAUUUUCAGACGAUGGUGAAAGAGGGAGGAAUCUGGUCUCUGUGGAGGGGAAAUGGAAUCAAUGUCCUAAAAAUUGCCCCGGAGACUGCUAUCAAGUUUGCAGCUUACGAACAGAUCAAGAAAAUGAUGCGUGGCAGUAAUGAAUCUAGGACUUUAAAAGUACAUGAGAGAUUCGUUGCCGGUUCUUUGGCUGGAGCAACAGCUCAGACAGCCAUCUAUCCAAUGGAGGUGUUAAAGACACGUCUCACACUGAGAAAAACAGGUCAAUACUCAGGAAUAGCAGACUGUGCCAAACAGAUCCUACAGAGAGAAGGCGUCGCAGCCUUCUACAAGGGCUAUAUACCUAACUUGCUGGGUAUUAUCCCUUACGCUGGCAUCGAUCUGGCUGUCUACGAGACUCUGAAGUUUUCUUGGCUGAACAGGAACAGAGGUUUAGUGGACCCAGGGGUCACGGUGCUGGUCGGAUGUGGUGCCGUGUCCAGCACUUGUGGACAACUGGCAAGUUACCCUUUGGCGCUGAUCCGUACCCGAAUGCAAGCGCAAGCUUCAGUGAAGGGAGCCCCUAAAGUCUCCAUGCUGACAUUGCUUCAAACCAUUUUGAGCCAGGAGGGCAUCACUGGACUUUAUCGAGGAAUUUCUCCCAACAUGCUCAAAGUCAUCCCCGCUGUGAGCGUGUCCUAUGUCGUCUAUGAAUACACAAGGAUAUUCCUUGGAGUGGAUAUAGAGGGUAGGAGGGUAGGAAAAGGAAAGGGGUAGCAAAAGGAGAAACUGUGGUGCUUUUUACCUGCAAGCUGUUGGAAGUGCAUGGGUCGACAGGCUUUUGAAUGAUACAAGAGAAUGUAAGUCUUGAAUUUUGAAGAUAAGGAUGAGAGAAAUCGACAUAUAUACUGUAUGUUACAUAUACAGUAAUCUGUUUGAAAUUCUAACAUUUAGGUGACAUGUGAUCUGUAAUUGCUUUGCAAUGCAUGUCAGCAGAUGUGUGAAAGCUAACAGACUGACAUUUUGCUGCUGGAGUGACCUGGACAUAUGAGGAUUUGCAUGAACUUGACUGAGAACAGGUAAAAGGUAUAGUCGAUCUUGAAAACCAUAUUAUAUUGCUACAACAUUAUUUUUUUUCUUCCAGGUGGUACUUAGAGAAGAUGGAGGGCUGAUCCAAUUUCCUCAAUUCUCUCUAAGUAGAGAGACUUACAGGGUCUCCCAGUCCCACAUAUUUUACAUGUAAGGGGUCUGAUCUCCAUGGGGAUACUCUUUAAGAGACAUCACUGAUUGGCUACAGAGUCAGAGAACCUAGGUUACAAAGUAACUAACUGUUCUCUUAUGUAUCAAGGCUCUCUCUCCACCCAUUUUCCAUGUAUAUGAGGACUCUGUAACAAACACAGUUAGGAAACGAAGCAAAUGUAGCACAAAAUGGCAGCUGAGUACUAGUGUGAUUGUAGAGUUCUUCUACACAUAAGCAUAUGCUCAUGGUUUUGAUCCAAGAUGCUACCAAAGGUUAGCUGCCUCUCCCAAGCACUACGCCUACUUGCAAAUGUAAGGAAAGCCACUUGGCUACAGUGAAAAAACAACAUCAUUCUCAACCAUAUGUGAGCCAUGUGCUACAGAAUCUAGCAUGUGUUUUUCAAUUAAGUCACUUUUAGCAGUCAAAUCUGGUAAAAGUGGACAAGUUCGUCCAAAAGGACAGCACAGCAUAACACUACGAGCACUUUUGGCAACCAGGCAAUACAGGUGCUAGUUUAUGACGACCAGCAAAGGUUGUUUUCAUGGCUGCAAUCAGUCCCCUCAAAGCUAACAGGGACUUGUAGAAACUGGAGAAUGUCAGGGGCUGUGCAGAUGAGGGAAUCCACCUGUCUCACAUUGAACUCUCUGUUUCAACUUUGCUUGAACUACUACGUAGUCAUAAGAACACACCACCCUGUUUGAUCAAGAGCCUUCGGCAACGCUGUGGCUGGAAACUCAGAGGCCAGGCCUAAAGCCUCAGCCUCUGUGAAAGAAGAUGAUAAAUGUUGCUAAGAUACAGACCUGAUGACCACAAUGAUGAGGGUCACUCAACCUAAACUCUUUGCAGGACGAUAAAGAGGCGGGUAAAGGGAUGCAGGUCAAAUAGAAGGCCCCUAAGGCCACGGAUGUGCCACUGUGCAGAUAGCUGACCGAAAACACAACCCAGCGACACAAAGCUCACAUCACCUGAGUCCUCUGAAACUGGCUGGGCUGGUGUAGCCUGUGGUGUCUUUAGGAUACAUUCUUCACAGCCUUGUGGGUGCAUCGUUAACACUUCCUCUUGAGCUUGCGGUAACAUCAAGGUUCCGUUUGACUUGAACAAAGCCGGUUGUACAAUCCUUUGGACAGACAGACCUGUCUUCACAUCUUUUCUUACCAGCAAGUGGAAACUUCUGCUAAUCACAAUUACACAAACAAUAGACACAAACACUCAAUGCAAGUUGAACAAACUGUAACACAGUGGUCACGGGAAACACACCACACAACUCCAGUCUCUCAGUUUCAACUGUGCAAACCCUGUUUAUUCUCACAAUUAGUGAUUUAGUGGUCACACUUUACAGUGCCCUUUCCUCCGUCUGCGUCCCUCUGAUUUCUCUCUCUGCUUCACACUGCCGGUCCCAACGUCCUACUGUGUAAAUAAGGGAGGUCACGAUUAGCUGAUGACUGGCAACAGUGCCAGUCAGACCUCUGCCCCAUCCCUCCCCUGCCGCUGCGCCACAAACCGCACCCCGCCACCAUACUCAUGUUUUCUGGACUCCAUGGAAAUCAAGUUUGUAAAAAGCCCUGCACACAUUGCACCUACACUGCAGUAUUGCCAACCAUUGUGUGUACACCACAGGUGAUGUCUUAAACAGUAUACACAGUAACUGAGCUUGGGGGAUCAGUCCUUGUACAUGUGGAAUAUGUAGGGUGGAGGUACACUCCUGACUUAAAAGGGCCACAAUUAGUAAAGCAAAGCAAUAGGUAUUGA